ACCUCGGUUCUAUGGACUUUUCCCAUUCUCUCAUUGGCCGCCAUUUUGCUGCAAUUUCAUUGGAUUCUGAUCGCUCCGAAAUUAAAGAUUUCCUACCAACCAGAGUGUCACCCUCAAGAGGACCUCCUGUGUACAUUCCUAAUUGGAUCUGCAAAUGAUGGGUGACCAAGUCCAUAUGUAUGGGGCACAUCCGGCAAGUUCAGAAGCUUCACAGCUACUAUCCACCUUUUGGCCUAGAGUAAUGGCAGAAAUCAGGAAUAUGGAUCUUAAUCACUUUAAAACUCAGGAACUGCCACUAGCAAGAAUUAAGAAGAUCAUGAAACAAGAUGAGGAAGUAAAAAUGAUAAGUGCAGAGGCACCAGUUUUGUUCUCAAAAGCAGCAGAAAUCUUUAUCAGUGAGCUUUCUUUAAGAGCAUGGAUUCACACAGAAGAUAAUAAAAGGCGAACAUUGCAACGAAAUGACAUCGCCCUUGCAAUUACGAAAUAUGACCAGUUUGAUUUUCUUAUCGACAUAGUACCACGUGACGAGCUGAAACCGCAGAAGCGACAGGGAACGAUGGUGCCUGAACAAGUGCAAUAUUAUUUACAACUUGCUCAAAUGCAACAGACACAACAACCCUCAGUAAGCCAGAGCUCACAAGUCCAGGUUUCUCAAGCAGGCCAUGCCAUUCUAGCAGCUGCUCCUCAUGUUUCCGUCUCAAUUAAUCCAGCCACGUCUCAACCCCAGAUCAUUCAAAUCCAGCCACCAGAUCACCAACAGCAACAACAACAGCAGCAACAUGUUCAGGCAAGUGCAUCCCAGAAUGCACAGCAACACGUCCAACUUCACCUACAGCCUGGGACAUCAGAUUUACAACAAUAUGCGGUUCAGCUGCCUUCGGGUGCCCAAAUGCAGUACAGAUUAGUGCCACAAAUCAUUCAGCAACCCGGUGGACAAACUGUCGUGCAGCUUCAAGCACAGCCGCAUCAGAUUCAGCAGACAGCUGGCGGGCAAACGGUGAUUGCAGUUCAGCCAGCGAGCAGCCAACAAGACGGGCAACAGCAAGGCUCAGAAGUCAACUACAGCCAGAUAUAUCAAAUCGCGGCUGCACAGGGAGGAGGCCAGGCGCCGAUCUUCAUUACUGCACAUCCAGAGCAAAACCAAGAAAACCAACACGAUUCAGAGCAGAAUGAUUGAUUGUCAUGAUGUCAAUGUAUGCGUGUCAAUCAGAUACUGUAGAUGUUCGCGCUAUCCGUGAAACACUUAAUAGCGACAUAGGAUAGCAGCGCUUUGGGCUGUAGCAUCUUCUUUGUAUAUAGUUGUAUUGACAAUACUGUAUCAGAGUUACAAAUACCUUUGUUCUAUUGGUAAAUAGUAUUGAUUAAUCGAAGGCUCUCGGGCCUUGCUUGUAUAUAUAUUUUUCUUUAUUAGGUUUAGUAAAUUGAAGUUUAUCCUUUCAUCACCGGGUUCUUGGUCUAAAGUUUAUCCCCUUCAAGUAAGAAGCAUGGUUUGUCAUCAUCAUCCUUCAAUAUAAUAUCUCUAUAGAGGGGGGGGGGGCACGUUUAUUAUCUGCUUCAAACUGUUCUUUCUAAUGCAUUCGGCGCAUCAUGUCUAGCCCCCGUUUCUGCCGAAGGCAGUUUUUAUCCUUAUUUUACCAUCUUGGCCCCAAAUAUCCUUCGCUAUUUUCUGCUUUGUGCAGACAUUUACUUUUUCCAGCUUUUCAUGUUUCUAUCCCAAGGCAUUCUCAUUUUUAAACAUUUUUCUGACUGGACCAUUUCUCAAAAUCUCAGUGGAAACAUUGCUUUUCAUCAGAGAGUUGUUUAUACAGCAAUUCAAAAGUUUAAAAAUUACCAAUGUCCCGAUAGUCCAUAGACGAAUGUAAUUUCAAUGUUGAUUCUUAAGACACAAUAUUAACGUAGCUAUAUGCAAAAUGGUUAUUUUCAUUAACUCCUGACGGUAUGUUUUUAGAUAGUUCAUGAAAAACGGUAUGAUAGAUACUAAUCUGAUCCGCCGGUCAUAUCCUGACCUCUAGCCAUUGACCUUAAACAUGCUGACCUUUAAUAUUUUGACCUCUCACAUCUUGACCUCUUACAUCGUUAUUUGGCCUUUCGUUGACCUUUUUCUUUACUUUGAUAGGCCUCAUUACAUUUAAACCCUGUAUGUAGGUACAUUUUUUAUAUAAAAAACAGAAACCUUAAAAAUAGGUAAAUGGU